UCCCUCAGAGCCGCUCCCUCAGAGCUGCGACCAUGAGUUGUCGGAAGUGCUGUGGUUACCUGCCGCCUUUCGAGCACUUCGCCACCGAUGCCAUCCACUUCGGGCAGGAGCCCGAGCAGUGGAGCUCCUGGGCCGUGGUGCCGCCCAUCACGCUCUCCACCACCUUCAAGCAGAAGGAACCCGGGGAGAACAGGGGUUAUGAUUACAUCCGGUCUGGGAACCCCACUCGGGAUUGCCUGGAAAAGGCUGUGGCCACCCUCGAUGGAGCCAAACACAGCUUGGCUUAUUCCUCUGGCAUGGCAGCAAUUCUGAACAUCUGUCAACUGUUGAAGACAGGGGAAACAAUUAUCUGCAUUGAUGAUGUCUAUGCAGGCACGAGAGAAUUAUUUGAAAAAUUAGAAGAGGAGUUUAAUUUGAAAGUGGUAUAUAUUGACUGCAGAGACCAAAAAAAGCUGGAAGAUGCAAUUAGACAAGAGACCAAGACCAAGCUGGUUUGGCUCGAGAGCCCCACAAACCCCACGCUGAAGGUGAUCGACAUCAGAGCCUGUGCAGAGGUGGCACACAAACAUGGACGCAAGGAUGUGCUGGUUGCCGUGGACAACAGCUUCAUGUCUCCAUAUUUCCAG